GCAUAAAGGAAAAGAGAACCGUCACAAAAGCCAAAGCUUGGUUUGUGGGGGCUUGGAAAUUUCCACCAAAAAAUCUUCGCAUAGUAAAAAUGCCCAGACUUUUUGCCACAAAAAUUCAAUGGCCCGAGGCUGUGCAGAUAGUCUAUGAUUGAUAAGCCCACCUUCUUAGAAAGGUCUAGAAAACCAUUCGCGUUAAGGCCUCUAGUAGGCCUCUUGUAAAUUGUUGCAAGCCAAACAACACCUACCCUGACCCACUCCUCCCAACCUGGGGAUUUUAUGAAAUUUGCUUUUUCUUUCUUUCUUUCAUUUCUUUUUUAUUGUUAGUUCGUAGCUUACUUAAGUUGUAACUGAAACCCUAAAAAAGAUAAUAACUGCAAUUGUUUUUCCUUUCCAAUGGUUUAUAAACGGGUUUUUGAGCUCUAAGCAGCAUCUGACCCUCACCGGGUAAGCAAUAAUUUUAUUUUGUACUCCCUGUCCAGCGGCAAACUCAAAUAUGCCAUUAACGCUUCAUUUAUGGAGUGCCUCAGUGCCGUGAAUAUAAUUUUAUUCGAACCGCCAAACAACUUCUACCAAUGUAAACCGUUUCCAUAUUAGCCACUGCACCGCAUCUGUCCGCUAACGGAUUGUUCUCGCUUAAAAUUAAUCUUCCGUGGAAAAUGCAAAGCAUAUUGUUCGCGGCGUUGCUUUGUGUGCUUGCGAGUUGUUGGUUAACAAAUGUUUCACACGUGGCCGGAACUUUGUCAAAGAAGAAUAAGAAAGACAAGAAGAAUUCUGACCAGAGUAGAUCGUCACGACCACCAAACACAAAUGUCACUGCACGAGGGUUGGUGGUGGAAAAUCCAAGAACAAGGGAUAUCAUCAAGUACCACAGUUCAUAUUACAAAAACCUGACAGAAGUCAACUUUGAUGGGGAGAUCCUGGUAUAUGUGACUCCAUGGAACUCUCAUGGUUAUGAUGUAGCAAAAAUAUUUAGUUCAAAGUUUACUUAUGUCUCUCCAGUGUGGCUCCAAGUCAAAAGAAGGAGAACAGGCACCUUUGCAAUAGAAGGCACGCAUGACAUUGAUCAAGGGUGGAUGUCGGAUGUUCGAAAAGGUGGCCAACAUGUGAAAAUAGUUCCCAGAAUACUGUUUGACCAAUGGACAUUGAAUGACUAUCACAUCAUUUUCUCCAGUGACACUGCCUUGCAGUCUCUUGUCGACACAAUUGUCUCUUUCCUGAAGGCAAAUAGUUUUGAUGGCCUUACUCUUGAAGUAUGGAGUCAAUAUAAUGGAGAUACCAAAGAGGACUUGUAUCUUCUGGUCAGUAAGAUGGCUGAUUCUCUCCAUAAAGAAAAACUCAAGAUUAUUCUAGUGAUUCCUCCACCGUUUUAUGCUGGUAAAAAGCCAGGAGCUUUCGACAAGCACGACUUUGAGCUUUUGGCGCCAGUAUUGGAUGGCUUUAGUCUCAUGACUUAUGACUAUUCGUCUCAUGGAAGACCAGGGCCCAACGCGCCUCUACAAUGGGUAAAAGACUGCAUUUUAACACUAAGUCCAGAAAAGGGAAAGCAGCGCUCGAAAAUUCUUAUGGGCCUCAACUUCUACGGCCAGGACUUCGCAGCAAUGGGAGGAGGACCCAUCUUAGGAACAAAAUAUAUUGAAAUGUUGACGAAACACAAAACAGAAAAACUGGUCUGGGAGGAAGGCGUGGCAGAACAUUCGUUCAAAUUUACCUCCGCGGGAACUCAUCAUACUGUGUUCUACCCAACGUUGAAGUCCAUACAGGUGCGGCUGGAUCUCGCUAAGGAACUGGAAGUGGGGAUCUCCAUCUGGGAGAUCGGACAAGGACUCGAUUACUUUUACGACUUACUCUGAAUGCAGGACUCAUUUUAUUAGAUUUUUAAACAGUCAUGGAUGUAAAGACGUAAAACGUUCCUAAAUAAUUUAUUCAACUAUGGAACUUUUCGUAGUGAAUUUAAAUGCACACCCUUCCGAAUUUCAAUACACAAAUAAAAGCAAACCCGUCGUCAGG